AUGCGCUUCCUCUGGUUGACUCUUGUUCUAUGCCCAUUCAUAGAGGCAUCUUCUCAUGACACAAAAGCAGUCUGCUCAGCGCUGCGUUCAAGGUUUCCCAACCUACUCAUUUGGGAUCCAAUUGGUCCACAGGCUGUCGACACGAUUGCCAAUGCUUCAAUCUACAACAGUGCAUUGUUUAGCUAUUGGAAUGCUGCGAGCUCCAAGAACAGACCUACUUGCGGAUUUUUCCCAUAUAAUGCCGAGCAAGUCUCCUUCGCUAUUAAAGUCUUGAACGCCUAUCCUUCCGUUAAGUUUGCCCUCAAAAGCGGUGGGCAUAACCCAAAUCUCGGUUACUCUAAUGUAAACCAAGGGCUUCUAAUCGCGUUUAGACCAAACUCGCAGUAUGCCAUCCCAUCUGAAGAUGGCAAAACAGUCGAAGUGGGCGCUGGGUGUAAAUGGGAGGACGUAUAUUCCGCCCUCGAGCCAUUAGGUAAAACCGCUGUUGGUGGCCGGCUAGGUGAUGUUGGUGUCACUGGCUUCAUGCUUGGUGGUGGACUUUCGUACUUGUCCGCACAAUAUGGAUUUGCAUGCGACAAUGUGGUGAGCUUUGAAUGUGUGCUUGCCAACGGCACAAUUGUGACGGCGACUUCCACAUCUCAUCCUGAACUGUUUUUCGCUCUACGGGGUGGUGGUAAUCAAUAUGCUGUUGUAACAAAAAUGCUGCUUAAGACGUACGAUAUCGGUCAAAAUGGCACCGUUUGGGGUGGUGUCCGAACAUACACCGCAGACAAACGGAAGCAAAUUCUCUCUGCCAUCACGAAUUUCACUGCCAAAGGUGCAGAUCCAAAGGCGGCUAUAAUUCCUACAUUCAAUUCCUUUUCUGCACUGGGUAUAAAUGUACCUGGGACACUUGUGUUCUUCUUUUAUGACGGACUCAACCCUCCUCCUGGGGUGUUUGAUGAGUUCGACGCUAUUUCAAGCUUCUCCGAUGACACAAAGCCAAGAAGCUAUAGCGACCUAACCAAAGAAGUUUUGGGUGGCGAUAUGAAAGGCCUACGCUUUCAGAUUCGGGAAAACACAUUCCCAAACAUGCCAGCUGCUAAAAUGACCUCUUUCUUGAGUGAUCAUUUCGAUCUGCUUGUUGCAAAGGCUACAGAAGCUGCAGUUGUGGAUUUGCUCGACUUUAAACUGUUCUCAUUUGCCAUCCAGCCGAUGCCUCACGGUAUUGCUAAGGCGUCGCUAGAGCAUGGCGGCCCCAAUGCCCUUGGACUUGUACCAGAGCACGGAGACCGUGUUUGGAUGGAAUAUGACAUUGCGUGGCUUAGUCCUCUAUGCGAUGCGGCUUGUCCAAAGUUCUUUGCGAAGUUGGUAAACUCACAGCAUGAUUUACACAAAUCUAAAUACUCAGGAAUCUACCCAACAAACUAUAAGUCGGGAGACUUGGGAUUUUUGAGUUAUAACCCGAUAUUUAUGAAUGACGCGAUGGAUGGCCAGGACGUGUUGCAAAGCUAUGGGGAGGCCACUUAUUCCAGACUCCAAAGUAUUCAUGAAGCCUAUGACCCGAAUGGUCUCUUCUCAGAACGACAAGGGGGGUUUAAAUUUAGUCGAUAG